CUGAGGGAAAAGAAUAGAAGGAGAAGAGUUUUCAUAUUCAGUGGGAGAAGCCGUGUCAUUUAAUGGAUUGGGAGUCUCAGAACUUGUUCCUUCACUAAAAGAAACAUUUGAAAUCAGCCCUUCAAAAUUGCUGUGCUUUCUGAGGAAGAUGCUGUGGUGUCAUCAAUUGUAGAUUCACAGAUGGCUGCACUGCGCAAAGAUGGGAGCAGAAAUGACAAUGGAUUUUUAUUGAUAGCUUGUGAUCAAUAAGGACAAUAUCAGAGGGGUGACAUUUAAGGGACGUAAAGCCAGGCUUGAGUGCAGAUAUGACUAUAUAUUAAUGUCAUGGCAUCUCCACAGUCUCUUAACCGUCCUGAAAAAGAGUCCAUGGUCACUGCUGUGACUCAGAAGGCCCAAGAGGAGGAAAAGGAGGAUGAUGAAGAUGAGGAAACUGGUGAAAAGUUCGAAUUUGAUGACAGUGAAGACGAGCAGAAUACAGUGGAGAAAUCGGUUGGGAAUAAAGAGUCAGGAACUCUUCAUGUGGAAGCUGAGCAUGUAGAGAAUAUUAAUGGUAGAACUGCCACAAAUGCAAUUUAUUGUCAAGCUGUGAAGCGUGUGGCACACCAUAAUCAGCAGGCAGUAAACGGAGGGACCCCUGUUGGUCUGGAGGACCAAAAUAUCCCCACACAUCCUUGUACAACAUACCCAGAGAUGGUGGCCAGACAAUCUCCUGACGGGAGUUCCAUCUCGGCAGAGCCUCCAGUAGCAGAUGAACAAGCAAGCUUUUGGAAAAGAAAUAACAUUUAUGAAGGUUCACAUUUUGGGCCAGAGUGCCUCUAUGCAGCUAUCCAGAAGUCUCCCCACAAACAUGCUCAGACAGGUCUGCCUCCACAAGGGAAAGCCAUUCUUGAAUCAGAUGAAAAUGUACCCCCUGAACAACUGAAGGAGAACUCAGCACCUCCUGCGCGCUCAGAGGUCAUCUACGAUGAUGUGCCUUGUGAAAACAUCAUGCCACCAGAUGCAGAGGAUGAUGUGAUUUAUGAGGAGGUGCAGAGGUCUGGCGAGCCCGGGCUGAUAGACAACGGCUGGGGCUCCAGUGAGUUUGAGAGUUACGAUGAGCAUUCAGACAGCGAGACCAAGCAGCCCACUCGCAAUAAGAUUUCCCCAGAUGUGCGACGUCUGAAGCAACGCUGCGUGCAGACCAGGCGUGAGCUAGCCAUGCGGUUAGGGGCUCGAGAUGUCGGCCAACUCAAACAAAACUAUGACAUUAAGGUUCAACAGCUCAUGAAAGCAGCUAGGAAUGGCACAAAAGAUGGACUGGAAAAGACCAAAAUAGCCAUGAUGCGCAAAGUGUCCUUCCUGAGUAAAAAAGACUGCACAGAUGACAUAGAGGAAGAUUCUGGAUAUCUGGAUGUGACUGUAUCUGAACUCAAACAUCCACCACCUCAACUUUCUCCAAUGCCAGAGGGGCUCAGUAGCCAACAGGUUGUCAGGCGUCAUAUUCUUGGCUCUAUUAUCCAGAGUGAAAGAAGCUACUUAGACUCACUCAAGAGGAUCCUGCUGGAAUAUAAGAAGCCUUUGAUGGAGGCGGAGCCACGGAUCCUGAGCUUGAAGAAGAUCCAGCCUGUUUUUUAUAGGCUGAAGGAGAUCCUGCAGUGUCACUCCAUGUUUCAGAUUGCUCUGGCCUCCCGUGUUGCAGAAUGGGAUAAUUCAGAGAAAAUCGGAGACCUUUUUGUUGCUUCAUUUUCCAAAUCGAUGGUGCUGGAUGUGUACAGUGACUAUGUAAACAACUUCACCAAUGCUAUGGGUCUUAUCAAGAAAGCUUGUAUGUCCAAGCCAGCAUUCCUGGAGUUUCUCAAGAAGAAGCAGGCUGCCAGUACAGACAGAAUCACUCUUUAUGGCCUCAUGGUCAAACCAAUUCAGCGCUUUCCUCAGUUCAUACUCUUACUUCAGGACAUGCUGAAAACCACCCCUGUAGGUCAUCAGGAUAGGCUGCCGCUGCAGCUGGCCCUCACUGAGCUCGAGACUCUCGCCGAGAAGCUGAACGAGCAGAAACGGCUGGCCGAGCAGCUCGCUGAAAUCCAACAGCUCACUCGUAGCGUCAGUGACCGUAACCUCAGUAAGCAACUGAACUCGGAUCAGAAGCAGUUGAUUCUGUCUGAGACACUAAUUGAGACCGUCUAUGGCGAGAAGGGUCAAGUCCUCAAGUCUAAGGAGCGCAAAGUCUUCCUCCUGAAAGACAUGCUCGUCUGUGCAAACAUCAAUGUGAAGGGCCCUCCAGAUAUCAGCAGCCUAGUCCCAAUCGGUCCAAAAUACGCCGUUAAGUGGAGUGCCCCCCUGCUGCAAGUGCAAGUGGUGGAGGUGGGCCAGGAGACCCCCCAGCGUAAAGACAGCAUCUACCAGCAGAGUGGAAGCAGGCGCUUGAGCUCCAUCAACUCUCAAGGAAAGCUGUUUCUGGGACCACCACGGCUGUUUCAGGAGCUGCAGGAGUUACAACAUGAUCUUUCUGUGGUGGAGGAAGUCACAUUGUUGGUGGGCACACUGCAGGGAUCAUACCAGAAUCUCAACACUACAGUGGGGCAGGACUGGUGCAUGGCUCUUCAGAGGCUCAUCCGCAUCAAAGAGGAUGAGAUCCAGUGUGCAAACAAGUGUCGUCUACGGCUGAUGGUUCCUGGGAAGCCUGACAAGUCUGGCCGUCCAGUCAGUUUCACAGUGGUCUUCAGUACGCCCAGUCCAAUUAGCAAAAUCUCCUGGGUCAAUCGCCUGCAUCUGGCCAAAAUCGCCCUGAGAGAUGAAAACUUGCCCGGCUGGGUGUGUGUAGAGGAUGAUGAAAAGACUAAGCCUCCAUUCUGGUGCCCGUUACUGGCCUGCCAGUUGCCUGUUUUUACCCCAAAAAUGCAAGAUCUGAAGUUGCAGGCUGCCCUGUAUAACCCGGUCCACUGUUCUCUUCUUGGUUUUUCUGCCGCUAGCACAUCCUUGCCUCAGGGCUACCUCUGGGUGGCUAGUGGGGGUGAUGACUCUCACGGCCAGGUGGAGAUUUUCUCCCUUAACAGACCCACGCCACGCUCCGUUAAGAGUUUCUCUCUAAGUUCCCCAGUGCUUUGUCUGGAGUAUAUCACAGAGCCCAGCACUGAGGAAGAACUGGAAACACAAACCUCGGAAGUUCUUUACAAGAUCGGCCACACCAUCUGUGUAGGAUUAUUGGAUGGCAACAUCCUGGUUUAUGGAAGCGUGGACACUGCUGCUCAGUGUCUGCUAACAUUUUGUAACCCAGAGGGCUGCCCAGUUCUGUGCCUAAAACACUCUGCCAACUUUCUCUUCGCUGGACUAAGUAAUGGAAAAGUCGCAGUUUAUAAUCGAAAGAGUGGAGAGGGGUUGUGGGAUCCAGAUUCCUGCAGACAUGUGGUUAUUGGAUGCACACCCGUCCUCAAACUCCUCCAAAUAGACGAGUGUGUGUGGGCCAGCUGUGCCAACCAGGUCUCAGUGAUUGAAGGCUUCUCUCUCAGGACUAAGAGUUUUGAAGUUCAUCCAGACCCCAUGGUUAGUGUGACCCACAUGGUGCGUGCUGGAGGAGGGGUGUGGAUGGCGUUUUCAGAGGGAUCAUCCCUACGUCUGUUUCACACAGAAACAUUGGAACACCUCCAAGAGAUCAACAUUUCAACACCCUCUGCAUAUUUGAGCCCUGGUCAAAAAUCUGUGUGUGUAUCCAGCCUGCUUAUCUGCCAAGGACUGCUAUGGGUGGGCACAGCUCAGGGGAUUAUUGUCACCCUGCCAGUGCCCAGACUGGAGGGCAUUCCCAAAAUAACAGGCAAAGGGAUGACGUCACUUAACGCUCACAACGGCCCUGUUGAAUUCUUGGUUGCAACCUCCAGCAUUUUAUCCCAAGAUUUUCUAAAGCGGGAUUCUCCCAUGGAGGGUGUGGAUUCAAGUGAUGAAGAUAAGAAGGUGACAAAUUCUUCUCAGGAGUCCCUCCAGCAGGCCGAUGGCUCUCCUCAGGCAGAAGCCAAAGCUAAAGGAGUGCUACUGCAGUACCACCUCCGUUCUACCUCUCAGCUCCCAGGAAAGCUCCUGACGGCCCGGCCCGAAGAAUCAACCGACUCGACCCAGGACUCUCUGGUGCACACCCUAGAGGACGGUUCCAUCUAUGAGCUAAGUGAUGAUCCCGAGGUUUGGGUCAGAGGGCCUGGGCCAUCAUUAAAGGAAGCGGCACGUAGGGAGAAGGUGACUUCAGCUGCCGUUAUAUCCGGUGGAAAAGGGUUCCGUCGACUCGCAAAAUCCUCUAACUCCCCUGACUCCAGUGAGAACACGCUCAUGGUCUGGCAGCUGCCCAUUACAGUUUGAGACAGUUAUGAAUUCUCCUUGCUUUGGCUUUCUUCUGAUGUUUUUGCAGUGAUGGAGGAUUGUGUGAUCAUUGAAGGACAAACAGACUGUAUGGCUUUUGAGGAUUAUUUAUUCCUCUUCUCCUCCAGAAGGUUUUUAAGGAAUACUCCAGAUUCAGUAAAAGUUAAGCUGUGACAGCAUUUGUGGCAAAAUGUUGAUUUGCCUGAAAAAAUGUCAUUCAUUAAAAAAUAUAUAUCUUGGUUAUUGUGAGGCCCUUACAAUGAAUGAAAGGGACCAAUCUGUUAACAUUCAAAUACUUACUGUUUCAACAUCACAGCCAUGGGACUUAAAACAAUAUGUGUUAAUAUGAUUUUAGUUUAAAAAAAUAAAUAAAACUGCCAAUACAAUGCAGCACCGUAAACCUUAUAAUGAAUAUAAAUGUUAAAAAUAUAAUGAAGAAAUUAUUUACAGCUCAAAUAAUACGUUUUAACUAACAAUUAAAUCACAAUUAAAUUAUAAGCUUCUCAAUUCUUCUUUUAAAUCUUAAAUUGGCCCCAUUCACUUGCAUUUGUAAAUGCCAUCAAGUGUAACCAUCAUUUUUGCGGUUUUUUUUUUUUUUAAGAAAAUGAGGGAAAAUUAAAAUAAUUAUUUAACUCUUUUUAGUGGUAAUACCCAUAAUGACAAAAAUGCUUUUAAGGGGGCCAGAAUAUUCCUAAGUUGAUAAACAGCCAUGCCAUUUAAUGUUCGUCUGUCAUAAUAAUAGCACGUGCUUGGUAUAUAAUGCACCACAACUGAAUAUAAAAUAAUCUCACCUUUUGAAAAUAUUACUAAAUGACUGAUACCACCAAAUGAUCUGCAUGCGAGGAAUCAGGGUAAGUCUUGUCAUUUUUUAAAAGUAAUCCUUAGUAUGUAUCUGAGUAUUGGCUGUGACCCAGUUCUUUCUUGUUUAAAUGAUAAAAGAUAUUUUUUUAUGCAGCACCACCAAUGCGGUGUGCACCGAAAUGUAAGGUAGCUGAAUAUUCAGAGUCAGUAUAUUUAAAUGUUUUAAUGUUAUUUUAGUGUGAAAUGUGAUAAGGAGAAGUGAAGUAUUCACUGUAGGUUCGUGUGUCUGAUGGUUCUUGUUGUUCACAGUGUCACUUUGUUAAAAAAAAAAAAAAUGAAAUCAUAUUUACAGUGAUUGAAGUAUUUGCAAUUUUCAUUUCAUUUAAAAGCAUUUAAUUUUAUUUUAAACUGACUCAACAUUAAAUGGUUUUGAAAU